AGCGGAAAUUUGAAGGAGGAAGCGGGGUUUGUGUGUGGCCCAGUGGGGGAAUUCCCGAGGGCUGUCGGCGACUUGGUGGAAACCCCCGCGCAGGCCUGCCCCUGCGGCGGUGAGCGGCGGGCUAGAAGGCGGCUGCGGCUGCCCUGGCUCUGCUCUUGACCGCCGCCAGCCCCGGGAACGUUCCGACGCCGCUGAGAGACGGGGGACGGGCAGCUCGGGCUGGGACGCGGCCGGACCGCUGGAGACGUGCGGGCUGGGGAAGAAGGAGACGUGUCUUUAGGAAGCAGAGAGGGUUCGAUUCUGGACUUCGCCCAUGACUCACUUCUCUUGUAAAGAAAGAAUUGUCCUUCCUGGUACUCCAGGUUUAUGGGAUGCAGGAUAAUGGAGCAUGCUCUAUCUGGGACAUUGCUAGUCUUAUGACAGAGGGAGAAGACAGCGAUGAGUUUUCGAAGAACUCCAGGAAGUGGCUGCAGAGCAAAGUAGGAUCCUGAUACUGAGCUCAAGUGAUUCAGAAUGAAAAGACCUUGGCACAGACCUGUUAAGGAAGCUCCAUAUAAGGUGAAGAAAACAACAUGCUCAGCCAUGUCCUUGCCUUCUGCACACGGUAGUGCAUUCACUGCCUGAGAAUUCAAGGCUAAAACAAAAAGAGGCGCUUUUGUUCCAACAGAUAAGUACUUACCUUUUUCAAAAAAUGCAUAAGCUGUCCUGGGUGUUUAGCAGUUAUUCACACAGCUUUCCAAAGACUCACAGCAUUUAAAAGAUAACUCUACAGAGAUUCAACAGCUUCUUCCAGAUCCCACCACAGUGGAAAAGAACUCCGGUGUCCUGGCUCCCUGUCCAGCUCUUCUCUCUCCACUUCCAGCUGCCAGUUCAGCUUUAAGAAGUUCAUUCUCCACAUUCAGAUGCAGGCAAAUGCGUUUGACUUGAGCAUAUUGAUUUCAGGCAGGUGAGAGUGGAUGUAGCGAUUCAGCUUGACAAAUAUUUAGAUCAGUUAAGUGUCCUUUAGAAGCACUUGAACUCAGUGUUUCCUUUCCCCCACCAUUUCACUCCACAAGCUACCUCCCCAGCAUAAAAUAUUCAAAUUAUUUCUAAAUUUCAUCUACUGAAAAAAUACUUCUAGGCCCUAUAGCUACAUGAUAUCUCCACUGGGAGCCCUGUCCUUUCCAUGCCCUGGGAAAACCCGAUCUAAAGCAGAUUUAAAUGACUCAGCAGUAGGACUCAGGUCUCUGUCUCUGCCUGCUUACUUGGGGAGUGCUCCAGCCUUAGGGGCUCUCUUGCACUCCAACAUAGGAAAGAAAUUAUCGAUGGCUCCAUUCCCCAACAUUUGAGACUUUUCUUCCCACAGACACAUUCCUGAGGACACCAGUCAUGGGUAAAGAACUCCACUGGGGUCAGCGUUGGAUCCCACUAGGCAGUUUAGGACUUGUAAGUAGAGUAGUGUGGACUUGGUGUUCCCAGAGCCUCUCACUCAUGAUUCAUGGCUCUCCACCCCAAGCAUCGGAACUUGCCCAACUUCACCACAGAAGGAAACAGACUGUAAGCUUGGAGGGCCAGGGAGGAAACUGGAGGCAUGUGUGGGAGGAUUAGAAACAUGAAAAGAUAUUUACAGUAAGGUUCGCUUGUCAUCCUCUUGAACUGGGGGUGCAUAGAGUACAGUAAGACCCCAUGUGAGUAUGUUAGAUGAUAAGGCUCAGGUUGGAUGGGUGUGUAAAGGCUUUGCAUCACCUUUGCCAGGGUGAGGGAAGGCUAUGGAUAGCACAGGGGACCUUGAUGAUCGGGUGAGGGAGUCCAUGUGGACAUAGUGGUCACCAGCUACUUCCUAGUUCUCUACAUGGGAGAAAGAGCCCUUCUCUGUAAUCAUGGAAGCUCAGGUUCUUGGUGGUUCAGAGGUUAGGGACCUCUGAUUACUAGGACAGAGCAGAAUAGCAGGGCUGGUCCUGGUAGAUCAGACAUCUCAUGACAUCCUUUAAAAGGGACUAGAAUAUUCAGAACUCUGGUGUAACUAAAUGAUCCUCAAGCUUUACCAGCAGGUGAGCAAGGUCCCAUUGUAUUUGGUACUCACAUCCCCACCAAUUCUGUAAAAGUUUGCCAACUUUCCCCUCCAUCCCCCGCACCCUUUCACCAAAAGAUAUGCCUAAGAGUUCCCAAGAGACGUCUAACAUAGGCCUGCAUGUCAGCCCAGAAGACUGGGCUGCUGCACUGUUGCUGGCCUUGAUGGCUGAACCUGAUCUCUGUUGCGGCACCCACCACUCUUUCUCAAGCCUUGACACCUUGGCAGGCUUUGGCAAAAAGAGGAGAGCUGUUCUUCCUCGGCAUUAUGUUCACUUAGCAGGGUCCCACAGCAGGACUGCUUGGACCCCAGAGUAUUGUAGGGCUUAAUAAGACCAGCCCUUUCAUCUCACACGCUCUAUCCUUUCUCUCACUGGUGCACCCACGUCAGGUGUCUUGAGUGGGGAGUGCUUGAAUAUCUGCCACCAGCUUGAGUCAGAACCCCGACUUCCCUCAGCUUUUCAGGGUCUGUUACUGAGUCUGGUCCACACUCCAGGGUCUUUUCCUCACGGUCUGGUCUUUUUCAGGUGCCUACCUUUCCUCCCUGCAAAAUGCCUUGAGUUGCCUCCCCUUCUCCCUUCCUUCCUGGUCUGUCAGAGGCAUCUUGUCUGGGUGCAUAUUUGAACCCCAUCAGUAGACAGAAAACAUGUAUUUCCUUGAAGGCCCCUCAGACCCCAGGUACAAACAUUGAAGUAAAUAACAGCAGGGAUGCGGGUUCUGCCUCGCUUCACCUGCCAGCCACGUGCAGACCUUGUUUCAGUCCAACUGAGACUUUAGCAAGUGCUUCAUUCUGGUUUGUGAAUGGCUUCCCAGUGUCUGUCACUGUGUUCACAGGGCCACCGGGGUUGGCUGAGUCAGAAUGCCAGCCAUGUGGCAUGUCCCAUGGGGCAAGAGCUGUGCUGCCCAUGGGAGUCCAGAGAAGGAGCACACUAAGGACCAACACCAGAAAACGAGAAAUCGAGCUCCUCCUCUCACCAUCGAAGCUCUGCAGACACCUCGCUGGAGACCCCAUGUUGACUGAAACAAAACAAAACAAAAGGGCCACUGGAUGUCUGCCUUCUUGGGGGGUGAGCCAGACAGACUGACAAACAAACAGCCCCAACUGUGUUCGGGGGAGGGUUUCGCCUCCCGUUUUGCCCGGCAGCAGCAGCAUGGACGUGUUGGCUAGUUAUAGUAUAUUCCAGGAGCUACAACUUGUCCACGACACCGGCUACUUCUCAGCUUUACCAUCCCUGGAGGAGACCUGGCAGCAGACAUGCCUUGAAUUGGAACGCUACCUACAGACGGAGCCCCGGAGGAUCUCAGAGACCUUUGGUGAGGACUUGGACUGUUUCCUCCACGCUUCCCCUCCCCCGUGCAUUGAGGAAAGCUUCCGUCGCUUAGACCCCCUGCUGCUCCCCGUGGAAGCGGCCAUCUGUGAGAAGAGCUCGGCAGUGGACAUCUUGCUCUCCCGGGACAAGUUGCUAUCUGAGACCUGCCUCAGCCUCCAGCCAGCCAGCUCUUCUCUAGACAGCUACACAGCCGUCAACCAGGCCCAGCUCAACGCAGUGACCUCAUUAACGCCCCCAUCGUCCCCUGAGCUCAGCCGCCAUCUGGUCAAAACCUCACAAACUCUCUCUGCCGUGGAUGGCACGGUGACGUUGAAACUGGUGGCCAAGAAGGCUGCUCUCAGCUCCGUAAAGGUGGGAGGGGUUGCAACAGCUGCAGCAGCCGUGACGGCUGCGGGGGCCGUUAAGAGUGGACAGAGCGACAGUGACCAAGGAGGGCUAGGGGCUGAAGCAUGUCCCGAAAACAAGAAGAGGGUUCACCGCUGUCAGUUUAACGGGUGCCGGAAAGUUUAUACAAAAAGCUCCCACUUAAAGGCCCACCAGAGGACUCACACAGGUGAGAAGCCUUAUAAGUGCUCAUGGGAGGGAUGUGAGUGGCGUUUUGCACGAAGCGAUGAGCUCACGAGGCACUACAGGAAACACACAGGUGCAAAGCCCUUCAAAUGCAACCACUGCGACAGGUGUUUUUCCAGGUCUGACCACCUUGCCCUCCACAUGAAGAGACAUAUCUAAAAAACCGAAAGGCCAGAGUUGCCAUGGCAUCGGCUAGUGUCUAAAGGAAACGCCAUGAGGCAGGGGGCUGGACUUCAGGCGGGGACCCAUUGCCUCGCAGAAGAAAGUUCUCACUUAUAAACCUCUGUACACACACACACACAUAUACACACACUCACAGACCCACACACAUACACACUGUCAUGCACUCAACUAUAUUUAAAAUAUAUACGUCUAUUCUUUAUGCCUUGCCCUAGCCAGAUGGAAGAAGAUGAAGAAGGAAACCAGGUGAACUCAGCAAGGCAGACUGGCUGCUUACUUCAGCACUAUUGGAAUUAUUUCCUGCUGUUGCCAAUGGAAAUCAAAGAAAAUGGAUGUGACGUCUGUGCAGGUGGACGGCAGUCCGAGGGGCUUAUUUAACUUGCUUCUCAGUGCAACUUGAUAGGAGAAUCCAGCAUCUUAAAGUUGCAUAUGUGUAGCACUAAUGUUUCUUUUUAAAUAGUUGGGGGAAAAUGACCUAGAAAACCAAAUUGCAGUUUGGUAGCCAAAAUUAACUCUUGGUUUAUUUGUCCUUUGUGUGUGAAAAGUCCUACUAUUCCGUGCGUCAGACUUCCUCACAGAACUGUUGACUGGUUUUGGUUCUUAGUACUAUUGAGAUCUUUCGCGUCGAUCCCAACGGCCUUAGCGGCGGCAGACUGGAAUAACACCUUACACCUUUCUGGCCUGCAUUUCUGUAGACUUCACUCUCAAGGGAGGAGUUUUCUUUUCUUACUUUUUGACUUUUGCACACCAUAUGCACUAGGGAUUCUGGAAACUUCUAGCAUGACUGCAAAGUGGCCAAGAGAAUAAAGUCCUUGAUGAUAAAUCACAGUAUAUCCCUUGAGCCUCACCUUAUUGCCAGUGCUAGAUUUUUUCUUUUUAAUCUCUCCGUUUUUGCUAACGAAAACUUGAAAAGCUUAUUUGGAAGCUUAAAUGUUUUAUCUUUUCUCCAUGGACUAAACCUCUCCAGGACUCUCUCGGCACCUGGAUGUCCAGCUCUCGAAGCAGCCAGUCAGAUGGGACAUCACAGUUCUCUCAUCCUCCUUGAGGCAUGAUGACCUCAGCUCAUAGUGAUCAACCGUUGUGCUGUGUGUCAUUGCUACCCCAUAACCAGUUACAGCAUAGAUGUCGCUAGUCUCAGAGGGCAGCUGCGUAUUUAAUUUAACUCUGGUUUAUGACCUGACAAAAAGCCAAAAAUAUCACUCUUUCCAGGAGUGGGGAAAACUGAGGAUGCCUCCCAAGUCUAGUGGCUUCACAAAAGAUCAUCCUGUCUUCUCUGUCAUGCCCACUGAGCUCCUAUUCCCCUACUUGUUACAAUACACAAUUUAAAACGCCAUUGUGGGAGUGAAGGGUUGACAUUUAAGGAAAAGGUUGAGGUGUUUCUCUCAUGGGCUGUGUAAAAGGAGAGACACGUUUCUUUCUUUCUUUUUUUUUUUUGGCUAGGCCCACCAUGACUUGUGACCUAGAACCCCCGGGAUUAACAGAGGCCUCACAUUUACUCUGCAAGCUGACUCCAAAGGAGUCUACAGUCCUUACUUGUCAUGCCACACUCACACAUCCAGUAGUGGUCUCUAUCUACCCGCAUUCCUAGCUAGCUGGCACUGGCCUCAACUCCAAAGACUGCCUUUAGGACCAUCAAAUGGCCUAUGCAAGCAAGCGGGGUGGUUAUUAGGACAGAUUGUAUAUUUUGUAUAUUCUGGGACCAUCCCUUCAAGACACGUCUAUAAAACAAAAAUGGCGCUUGGUCCACACACGGUUGCUGCUCCCUCCUACCAGCUGGCUCCCCUCCUGUCCUCCUUUGACUGUUUGACUCAUUGACUGUUAAAAUGCCACCCCAUAGAUAUUUGGGAUGCAAAACUGAAGUCAAAAGGAAAUAAUAUAAGAAACACAAACACAUAUAUGACAGCAACCUUCAAGAUCUGGGUUUUCAGCUUUCUGCAACCUUUGUUUUCACUGAAAUGUUGAAACUACUCGUCUGAGGGCAAAGGAACCUCCUCACAAAUGCUGUAGCUGCCAAUUGGACACUUGGGGGCAUUUCGAGGUCUGGCCCUAAGAAUUUACUUUCUCCUUUUCCUUUUUUCUAUUUAGACCAAAAAAAACAAAAACAAAAACAAAAAAAAAAAACAAAAUAAUACAAAACGAAAAAAAAAAGAACACCCGUUAACACACACGCACACACACACACAAAAUCUGUCCAUUUGCCGGAGGCAAUUGUAUGUAUGUUAGUUGGAGGGUAUUAAAAAUCAGUUUUAUUCCAAAGAUUUAAAACUAGACAUGACUUAAAAACAAUUUCUGGAGCACUGCUUGCUGACAAUCUCGUAGUUCUCUACUGCAUUUGAGUGCAUUUUGUGGCCAGUCCAUCAGGGCGUACCAUGGGAUUAUAUUUGAAUGUGUGGUGCAUCCUUCCUGGAUGAAGGAUGUGUGAGGGACCUUGAACCUCAGCUGUAUUAAACUGUAGCGCCUCCAGUCAGUGCACUAGAUGAAACUUUUAGACACCCUGAAUUCUGUUGGUUCCUUUCUUUUCCUUUAUGUAGCAGCCUCCAGCAUGAAUGCACGCACACGCCAGUGAUGGCAUUAAGCCAUGGCCACCACGAUUUGCAAAUGUUCUCUCCCAAGCUGGAGCUGCUCUUGCCUCUCGAAAUGCUAUUACUAAGGGUUUAUAAUACUUAAUUUAAUUUUCGAACUGACCAAUGCAAGGCUCUAUUAAAAAGAAAGUUUAAAAAAUGCAAAAGAGUAAUCAUUGCUUGUUUGCUCCCUAUUGUCAUCUGUGGUCUCAUUUGAAUGUGGCAGAACAAAGGCCCUUUGGUCCUCAUCAGUGUCUGAAAUGUUCAGUAAUUUCUCUCUCUUUUGUAUCAGUGAGGUCCUUUGUAAUCUGCUCCUGACCUUUCUUGGAGCAGGGUGCAUUGAAACUCAAUGGUGGUGCUUGCUUGCUUCAGAGUCAUUUGUUGACUGUGAGAAUUGGCCUAAGAAUUUGGUGGGUGCUAAGUGGAUGGCUUUGAAACUGUUCUUCUUUAGCCCAGUUGACACCCAUGAAUGAUGACCAGUCCUGAUCAUUUUGGAAAUGGAUUUGUAAUAAAACGUCCAUCACCUCUGCAGUGGCAGAGAUGGUUACUAAGAGCCUCUAGAGCGAGCAGGUUUUCCAAGAAGUAACCUGAAGACAUUUUGCUCCCAAGAGGACUGGUUAUUUAAAACAGUGCGUUAAUGGACAUUUGAAACACAUUAAACCCCUUUCUCAUUUCAAUUGUUAUCUCCUAACACUCCAGGGGAUCCCAAAUUUGAAAGGAAAAACCCGGCCUGGUGUUUCUGGUGGUGUCCUAACAAGCACGCUUUUAUCCAGGGUUCAGAGUUGGACAUGUAGAAAAAGAGUUUCUAAGCCACUGACAAUUUUUUUUUUUUGUAAUUUCAAAUUAUACUUCUUUCUCCUGCCACAUGACUCUAAGUCAUAGACAUGGAAACCUGAAAUUAUAAUGCUGCUCCUAGCUACUGGCCUCCUGCCCCACCCAUGGUUAAUGGCUCAGCUCAAUGCCUGGUGGUAAUGAGUAUUAUGUCCAGAAAAAGAGAUGUUCAGAUUCCAUGACAAAGCUGCAUUUUUGUAAAAAUAUUGGAGACCCCAAAAUGAACUUCAUGCUGACCAUUUCCUCCUCUCUGUGUGCUUUCCCUUGCAAAGCCCUUCAAAUAUCCUCUUCUCUCGACGCCAUCUCCUCUCCACCUGCACCUCUUGUGCCCUUUGUACAUCUUUGAUUGCCUGAUGAUAACAGGGUAAAAGGACAGCCAACCUCAUGCCUGAUUAGCAGAACUGAAUCCUAGUUUUAAAAAAUCUUCUCUGGCUUCAGAGAAGAUUUUAUAAGGACUUUUGUUUGGGAUAAGCUUUCCAGAUUAUCCAUGUCUAUUUGCAUCAAAAGGGAAAGAAAUGGGGCUUUUGGAUGGCUCUUCCAGUGCAUUCGGAACAUUGCCUCUUGCCUUUAUUCCUGCAUUUUAUGGCAAAGCCAAAAGAAACUCAAGUUGCAAGAACAAAACCCAGUGACUCGUUUUGAUGGUUCAAAAUGAUUUCCUUUAUGGAAGUCACUUCAUAAAAUGUUAAGUAAAAAGUGGGAAGUGCUUCUGUCUUCUCUUUUGCAUGAGUUGCUUUUUAGGAGCAGGAAGAAGGUAGGCAAAGUAAGAUAAAGAUGCAACACAUUUAACUACAAAAAUCAGGUUCAUUUUUUAGUUUAUUAGAAUUUUUGUGAAAUCUUAAGAGGGCCGGCAUUUCUGGCUACAAUUUUGCACCCAGAACAUUGCCAAAAUGAACAUUCAGUAAAUAGAACCUGAUUGAAAUUUACUCCUGGAAGCUUUCCUUUGCAUUUUCCGGAAGUGGCCACCUGCCAAGUGCAAGAGUUGGGGGGCAGGAGGGGACUCAAAUUCUGGGUGUCUGGAUUAAAUUUCGGUGAACAUGGUGAUAUCUCAGUUUGAAAACUAGAGGGCCUAUCCUGAGUAUACAUCAAUGUCUCUUUGAUGGCCUACUUUCCUCAGUGAGGAUCUUUGGGAAUACUUGAGAUGGAACAACAGAAAUGUGUGAAAGGAAGCAGAAACUUCUUGUAAAUAACGUGACCUCCCAUGACGAACUGCCUGAGGCUUCAGGGUUUUUUCUUGCUUUUAACACUCUUAAAUCUCCUCUGUUGGUUCCUAAUAGAUCCCAGAAAAGGGAAAAAUAAAGCUGCAGUUAACUUUCUUAUGUGCAUCCUUCCAAUAUAGUACUGUAUUUUUCAGGUGUUUUGCAUUUAACAUAAAAGUCCUCGGGAAACAGGUGUCAAAAACAGAGAGAGAAAUCCUGGGCCAUCACUUCACAAAUAUCCCAAACAAGAUAUUCUUUUCAAACAGGGCUCCCUCUCAGUGGUCAUGAGGGAAGGUUGAUAAUGUUCUUUGUUGGGGACUGUUUAUACAAUUUUUUUUCAACUGUGAGCUUUGGAAUCGUAACUUGCUGUGAGUCCAGCUUCUGUCUACUGCCAUAAGAUGGACCCCACGUCAGCAUAAUGAGGGUGGUAUAUAUGCUCGCACCUAGACAUGCGCAUAUGUACCUGUCGUACCUUCACGGAAGGAAAACAGGCUACUGACGUUUCGGAGGAGUAGCCACCAGUGCCUAAUAUCUUUUGGGGGGGAUGGAUGCUUAUAAUUGCCAGUAUAUCGAAACCACACUGGGAGUUCCACAUAGCGGGGAGGGGUUGGGGGUGGGCAGAAGGGACAUUUUAAACCUAGGCCUUUGGACUGGAGGCAGAACGAUUUCUGCAAACCUAGGUCCUGAAGGCUUUGGGGCUUAUUGGCUGGUUCUCAACCUUUUUGUUUUUUCUUCCCAGCAUGCAUUUCCUAUCUAAACCCAGACUUAGUUUAAUUUCCUUAUCUUUCACUUCUGCUUCAUUCCAGGGAGGAAAAAUACAUCUGUUAAUGGCCAAGAUCUCCUUGCUAACACAGAGGCAAAAAUAAAUGUCUAAUGUUUUUGAAGCCUCCCCUUCCUUUCCACAAGCCCCCACCCGCCCCCGCGUCAAGCUCCUUCUCCCACUUCCCACUCCCACACAACUUCCCAGCCACUGAAACUUUUCUUUCAAAUCUCUUAUUAUCCUCUUAACAGUUGCUUGAAUAAAUUUAUUUUUGCACUAUACAUUUUCUUUUUGCCAGAUGUGUCUAACAAGUGUGUUUGGAGAGACCUACUCCCAGCCCCGUCUCCUUCCCCGCCUCCCCCCGUCACAUUCUCUCAGGCCUUCUCUGGUAUUUAUAAUAUAUCACAGAAGUACCCAGUCUUAUAGCCCUCGGUUAUGCCUUUUUUUGACAUUUUAUUUUUUUUAAGCUUUUUAUAUAUAUAUAUAAAUAUAUUACUUUGUCAAGUUUUUUUGCUGUACAAAAGUCUUAAGAUUUAAAACUAUUAUUUGUAUUAUAUGAUGGUGGUAUGUUAAUGUUACAAAAUUAUUAAUGAAGAAAAAAUUUAUUUUUGUUACUGGUCUGUUUCAUAAUUCUUUUUUAAAUUGGUAUAUUGUAAGAUAUCUAUGCAAAAAAUGUUAUGUGACGCAUUUUUAUUUAAGAAUGUAAUAUGUGUAAUAAACAGUAGAAUGUG